UAGUUGAUGUACUACCGGUUUUAAAGUGUUUGCAAAAACAUAUGGAGCUAAUGGUCAAACCAAAUGUAAGACACUCAAAUUCGUAAGGUGCACUUUUGAUACUUUCCUAACUUGGCGCGGUAAUCCAUAUUGUAUUCAAUAUCAAAUUAGCUUCCGCAUUAUGGUCGACAGUGAAGGUGUAACAAUGGGUGAACGGGUAGAUCCCACAGCCCCUGGGCCCGAUUUAGUGGGUGUAAAUGUAGAAAGGCCGCCCUUGAUGCAUCAGCAGUCUACAGUAUGGAACAGAAGGCAGCAGGCUGUCAGUGUUAGGCACGCGUACAAACACUAUGGCUCCAAGAAAAAACCGAACAAUGUAUUGAGUGAUUUAAAUAUGACUGUAGGUAAAGGAACAAUAUAUGGUCUACUGGGCGCAUCAGGUUGUGGGAAAACGACGCUGCUUUCCUGCAUAGUAGGAAGAAGGAGGUUAAAUACGGGAGAAAUAUGGGUGCUGGGUGGUCGACCAGGUACCAAAGGUUCCGGGGUACCCGGCAAACGGGUAGGGUACAUGCCACAGGAAAUAGCUCUUUACGGAGAAUUCACCAUUAAAGAAACAAUGAUGUAUUUCGGGUGGAUCUUCGGUAUGGAGUCCAGAGAGAUUAACGAAAGACUGCAGUUUUUACUUAACUUUUUGGAUUUACCUAGUCAAAAUCGAAUGGUUAAGAAUCUUAGUGGCGGACAACAACGAAGAGUCUCAUUCGCUGUAGCAUUAAUGCACGAUCCAGAACUUUUAAUUCUAGACGAACCCACGGUAGGCGUAGAUCCUUUACUUAGGCAAAGUAUAUGGAAUCACCUUGUACAGAUUACGAAAGAUGGAAACAAAACGGUCAUAAUCACAACGCAUUAUAUUGAAGAAGCUAGGCAAGCACAUACGAUUGGUCUUAUGAGAAGUGGAAGACUCUUGGCUGAAGAAUCACCUCAACGCCUUUUAUCCAUGUAUCAGUGCACAUCACUAGAAGACGUAUUUUUGAAAUUAUCAAGAAAACAAGUUCAGGUCGGCUCUACCGCCGACCAAAAUAUAGCUAACAAUAUUAGUUUAGCUUCGUUAAAUUGGUCGAAAAAGGAUGCCAUUUCGGUGACGGAAGAAAGUGGUGUAGUCGGUUUAAAUUUUCACCAAAGCAAAGAAGUUUUGGUGACUGAUAGUAAUGGACAUAUAGAUGUAAGUAUGGGUAAAACUUCUGCAACAAGCCGAGGUAUAAAGGAAGCAUGCGACGACUGCGGAAAUUGUUCAGAUUUUACGACGACGGGAAAACUGCGGGCUCUUCUUCAGAAGAACUUCCUCAGGAUGUGGAGGAACGUCGGAGUGAUGUUGUUUAUUUUUGCGCUGCCUGUGAUGCAAGUUAUUCUAUUCUGUUUAGCUAUCGGAGGUGACCCCAAAGGACUCAAAUUAGCCAUAGUUAAUCAUGAAAGGAACUUUACAAAUUUGACCUACCAGCGGUGUGAAUGGGAACCGGGAUGUAAACUGAUGGAUUUGAGUUGUCGAUAUAUAGAUUCAAUUAACACGUCAACGAUAGUAAAACAUUAUUAUCGGACACCAGAAGAAGCGAAAAUGGCAGUUAGAACAGGCGAAGCAUGGGGAGCAUUAUACUUUACAGAGAAUUUUACUGAUGCCCUAGUGGCUAGGAUGGCUCUAGGUAAAGACGCUGAUGAAGAAACGUUGGAUCAGAGUGAAGUCAGAGUUUGGUUAGAUAUGUCAAAUCAACAAAUUGGUAUUAUACUGCAAAGGGAUCUUCAGUUAGCAUUUCAAAAUUUCACAAAAGACAUUUUUAGAGCGUGUGAGUAUAAUGAAGAACUGGCAGAGAUACCGAUAUCAUUUAAGAAGCCAAUCUAUGGGUCCAAUCAGCCGUCUUUCACGGACUUCGUGGCGCCUGGUGUAAUCUUAACAAUUGUCUUCUUUUUGGCCGUGGCUUUGACUUCAUCAGCUCUGAUUAUAGAACGAAUGGAAGGUCUACUGGAUAGGUCUUGGGUAGCAGGUGUGACUCCAGGAGAAAUUCUCUUCUCCCACGUGGUCACCCAAUUCGUAGUGAUGUGUGGUCAAACAACGCUCGUACUAAUAUUCAUGAUCCUUGUCUUCAAAGUUGAGUGCAGAGGUGACAUUAUUCUCGUUAUCAUCAUCACAAUUCUCCAAGGACUUUGCGGCAUGUGCUUCGGUUUCGUUAUUUCGGCAAUUUGCGAGUUGGAAAGGAACGCCAUACAACUGGCGCUUGGAAGUUUCUAUCCAACUCUGUUGCUGAGCGGUGUAAUAUGGCCGAUAGAAGGCAUGCCUACUAUUUUAAGAUAUAUCUCUACAUUUUUACCGCUGACUUUAGCCACCACAUCGCUAAGGUCCAUGAUGACAAGGGGAUGGGGCUUGAGCGAGCCCGACGUUUACUACGGAUUUAUAGCGACAAUAAUUUGGAUAGGUGCGUUCUUGACAAUAAGUUUAGUGGUGUUGAAAGCUAAGAGGGGUUGAAGUUCAGGUUUCUAGUCCAGUCGACAGGGAAUAGAGUUGGAAAAAAUCCCGGGAAAAGGUCUUGUUGAGUUUCUAAAUAUAAAUAACUAACCAAAUGAUAUUGUUUGAAAUUGAUGUAACAACUGUUGUGAGUAAUAAUAAAUUAGUUACAGUAGUUGAAUGUUUGUGGCUUUAUGUUACAAUAUGCCAAAUCCUUUUCCAGCUAUGUGAAUACGUUUCUAUUACACUUAAUAUUUUUAUUAAUUAUAUCUUUAGAUAAAGACAGUAUGUUUUAAGAAUUAAAAUAAAAUGGUAGGUAUUUAAUAUUCUUAGUUAUAAAUAAUUGUAAGUUUAACACAUGUUUGUUAAAUUGUAUUUUAGCAAUUUUAAAUCAUUAACAAGAAAUGUUUUUCUUUUUGGUUCUUUUAUUGUGUUUUCUUGAUUUUAACUUGUAUGGCUUUAGUUGACAUUUUUUAAGAUCUCAAUAUAGAGCAACAUCUGAAAUUAACCAUUAACCAUUCACUCAUGCUAGUAUGAUUUCUUACAUAUUUCAAUAAUAUUUUUAGUUCAAACUCAAUCUUAAGAACAACUGUCUAUAUUUGAGGUAGCUAUUUAUAAAACUAAGUUUGAUUAUGGCAUUUUUUACAAUGUCAUCUUCAGAAUUGUUUAAUUAUAAUAGAAACUUAAAAUAUGUGUAAAUAGUGAUUAUGAGAGGACAAUAGAUCAUAUACUGAGGUAAUUAUAUUCAUAUUCUUUCAUUUGUAUGAUAAUUUUGGCUAAUAAAAGCAAGUGACAAAUAACAAUAUCCUACAAAAAAAAAGUUUUUCAGUUUCACUAAACAUUUUUAAUUAAAUAGGUAAUUAAAAAAUAUAAAAAAAGUUUUUGGAGAUAGGUACCUAAUAAUAAAAACAAGCCUUGUGUUAUUUUUGGACUCUUAUAACCAGCGAAAUUAAUAAAAACUUUUUCCUGUGAUUUUUUCCAUCGAAAUGUACAUAACACACUCUCUUGACUGGAAUAUUUAUUUAGUAGACAAUUUUGGGAAAUUUUAAACCUACAAUAUUUUUGUGUAAUACAUCGAUCGAAAAAAAAAAUGUUAGAAAGGUAGGUAUAAAAAUUUGUAUUCCAGUAACUUUCAGCGAAAACUUUAAACAAGUUUUACACGCUUUAUUUAUGUUAGAUACUACUUGCCCCUAAAAUAACAUUAAUUGUUUUUAGAAUUAGAAUUAAAUUAAAUUCUUUUUGUAUUAUUUUUUACUUAUUGCACGUAUUGUCUUUGAUAACUAUUUAGAAAAGUAUUCGGGGUUCGAAAUUUUAGAUUUUUUAAUCUAAAGACUUAUUUAUUGUUGACGUCCUUUUUUUUAUGGGAAAUAUUAUAGAUAAACGGCUCCGUUAUCGUAAAUAUUUCUAAAUAAUUUCAAAGACAUAUGAAUUGCAUAGUUAUAAAAGUGCUCAAACUUAAUUUUCAUAUUGUUAUAAGUGGUAUUGUGAUGUAUGUUUUGUUAUAUAGUAGGUAUACCAACAAUAAAGUCUUUUAAAAUUAAUUUUUACUUAUUUAUAAGUGUUUUUAAACAUUACCUCAUCAUGUAUAGCAAUUUCACAAAACAACUAAAAUUUGGUCAAACACAAAUGCUUGUCAAUCUAUAACAUCAAUGUUCUAUGAAUAUACUAAACGUUCUGUACUCCGAGCAAUUACUAAUAGAGGGAGCGUGAAUACGAGUUUGUAGGCGAGUGUUGUGUUAACAACAUCUGUAGAGGAAGUGAGGAAGCGGG